CCUUGGACCUCUCUCGUCCUCCUCACUUUCCUUUGCGCCCAAGCUCUCCAGCAGACCAGCAGACCUCCCAUCCUCGUCGCACUUGCCUGCGCUCUCUCAUCAAGCUCAGACGACCACUCUGACUGGCCCAUUGCGACCCCUUCUCCCUCUCUCGAGUCUCUACCCCCAUCGCUUUACAUACCGUCUGAUCGUACGGUACUUCGUACCCACCAUACGGUCUACGGAUACCUCACAGUCUUACACCGUAUCGCAUUCCCACCGUUCUUGUCCAAGCCAUCUACCGCUCAUCAACCUCCCACGCCAGUGCCGCCGUCUACCUAGACUGACACUGACUGACACACUUCCACUCAUCGGUCGUUCUCUGUCUGUCUGUCUGCCCAGCUACCCACGCCUCCCUCCUUCCUUCCUCAAAGUAGGUACCUACACGCACACUCCAAGGUACCUCACCUCUCUCCUACCCGGGGGUAGCCACUCACGACGGGCCCACGCCUCUUUUUUCCUCCUUCGCAAGGGACUGACUGGACCGUGUGAGCCUCCAUCAACCGGGCCUCCUGGCAAGGGCAAAGCCUCUUCUCGUCACCCUCUCGCAAAUAAGUACCCCCAGCAACCCGCUCUACCUCCCGUUUUUCUUCUCUCCCUUUCCCGUCUUUCCUCUGCCACCAUUUACAGGUCUUCUUUUUUUCUUGCCAUUAUUCCCCAGAAGAGGUUCUAUUGAACUCUUUUAUACCCAAGACCUAACACCCACCCCCACGACACGACCAAUACAGUACUUUUAGUAGUGCUUUUCUAAAAGACCUUUUCAUUGUGAUACCCAAGUCUACCGCCUGACUUUUUGAUACCCAAUUCCCCUUUCUCAACACCACACAUCAUACACAAUGGCCGAAGAACAGAAGCCCGUCGAGGUCCCCAAGGAGACUGUCCCUGCCACCACCACCGCUGAGGCCCCCGCCGCCGAGACGAAGCCCGUCGAGACCACGGAGACUCCCGCCGCCGCCCCUGUCGCCGCCGAGACUGCCACCGAGACCCCGGCUACCACCACCGCCACUGAGACACCUGCUGAGGCCGCUGCCACUGAGGCUGCUGCCCCCGUUGAGGAGGCCAAGAAGGAGGUUGUCCCCGUCGAGGAGGGCACCCUCGAGCACAAGGGCAUUAACUUCCCCAAGAACUUCAUCUACUCCAAGGAGUUCUUCUGGUUUGGAUCCGAUGCUGUUGAGUCCAAGAACCUCUCCUCCUACCUGAAGAGCGAGAAGUCUACCGAGACUGCCCACCACAACGCCGCCUGGGCCUCCCACACCGGCAAGGGCCUCCUCUUCUUCGGCGACAAGACCGCUCCCCAGGGUGUCAUCAACUUGGCCGAUGCCUCCGAGCCUGCUGCCGAUGGCGCCAACAAGUUCCACUUCACCGCCAAGGGCCACAAGCACACCUUCAAGGCUGCCAACGCCGAGGACCGCGACAACUGGAUCUCCCAGCUGAAGCUCAAGGUCGCCGAGGCCAAGGAGCUCGCUUCCACCGUCACCGAGACUGAGGCCUACAAGACUGCUCUUGAGGCUUUCAAGCCCGCCAAGAAGGAGGAGAAGAAGGAGGAGAAGGCUGUCGAGGCCCCCGCUACUGAGGCCGUUGCCGCCACCGAGACUCCUGCUGCUGAGACCGCCGCUGUUCCCGCCGCUGAGGAGGCCGUUGUUGAGACUCCCAAGGAGGAGGAGGUCAAGAAGGAGGAGCCUAAGCGUCGCUCUGCCAGCCGCAAGCGUGCCUCUAUCUUCGGCAGCCUGCUCGGCAAGAAGGAGGAGUCCAAGAAGGAGGAGAAGGAGGAGACUCCUGUUGUCCCCGCUGUCGCCGAGACCCCCAAGGAGGAGACCCCCGCUGUCCCUGCUGCCACCGAGACCCCCGUCGCUGAGGUCCCCGCUGUCGAGGCCCCCGUCACUCCCGCUGCUGAGACUCCUGUCGCCGCUGCUACUGAGACCGCCGCCGAGGACAAGCCCGUCGAGGCUGCCAAGGAGGAGAAGAAGCCCCUUCCCACCAAGCGCAACAGCAUCUUCGGUGUCUUCGGCAAGAAGGAGAAGAAGGCUGCCGCCGCUGCUGAGGCCGAGACCCCCGCCCCGGCCAAGGAGACCGAGGUUACUCCCGCUGCUGAGUCCGCCCCCGUCAUCCCUCCCGUUGAGGCCACCACUCCCCUCGCUGUCGACGUUGCCAACCCUGGCACCGUUCCCGUCGAGAACAAGGAGGUCACCCCCGCCACCAACGGCGAGCCCCGCCCCGACCUCAAGGAGAAGCGCAAGUCUUCCCUUCCCUUCGGCUUCGGCAAGCGUGACAAGUCCCCUGCCAAGUCCCCUGCCCACUCCGACAACGAGGAGGCCGAGAAGCAGGAGAAGACCAGCGCCUUCUCCAAGCUCCGUGCUACCAUCAAGGGCCGUGGCAAGACUGAGAAGCCUGCCGACAAGCUCGACAAGACUGAGGAGAAGCCCGAGGAGACCUCCGCUGUUGCCACCGAAACUCCUGCUGCCGAGACCUCCAAGGCCACUGAGGAGCCCGAGAACAAGCCCGAGAACGUCGCUUCUUCCACUCCUGCCCCCGUCACCGCCGCCGCAUAGAAUGCGAGAUGGGGUUCGCUGUCUCUUCGUCGCAAGAGCCAGCGUCGGUCGUCAUGAUCAACUGAAUGAAGCAAAAAACACAUAACAAAACGCCACAAAAAAAAGUGCAAUCGCAUCGGAUCGAGAUUCGGAGGAAGAGCAACAUCACGUGACAACUCAUUUCACUUGGAUGGGUUUGUCUGGAAUCGGAUCUGCAUUUCAAGAUACCCCGUCAAGACUGGUUCUACCUGAUACCCUUUCCUAUUUCCCUCUUUACACAGCACACGCAUCGGAAGGCGAAAACUGGCGGGAGGUGAUUCCGUUCCACUUUCAGUCGUUUCGAAGUCAUUUCUGCUCAUUGUUUUUUUGUUUUGAUUUGUUUUCCACAAGUAUCCUGCUUUGAUGCUUUGAUACCCAGUUAUACCCGUCGCUCCAGACAAGAACACGAGAAGAAAAUACCCACGACAAAAAAUCCGAAGCGCCUUGGUCCGACAAAUGGACGGACCUCUUGCGUGUGUUGGUUCAUAUCGGGCUAGGGUCAGGAAUCGUCAGAUUUGAGUUUGGAGAUGCUGUUGGUGGAAAAAGACUGCAUGGAACCGUCUGUGCUGGCCACUAGGGCCGGUGUCAGCUUGUUCGCAUUCACUUAAUACUUAAUAGAAGCUCGUUGCGUGUUGUCUAG